CCCCUCCCGCCUUAUUAUCCUCAGACUCAGAGCAGCGCUCCUUCGUCCUCACCAAGUGAUGCUCCUCGUCUGCCCACAUCACCUACAUCACUGGUUUAUCACAGCCCGCUCCAGGUACGGCUGCUCCGGCUCGUUUUUUUUUGUUUGUUUUUUUUUCUUUUCUCUACUGAAAACAAGCACUGAAGAACGAGUGAUGGGAAUUUAACCGGGCUUCCGUGAGCGAGAAAGAGAGCUGGAGGAGGGUAGGAGGACGAAGAAGCACGCAAGUCCCAUCCGAGGGAAGAGGAGGGGGAAGAGGAGGAGUGGUGGGGCACUGGAGAGACGGUCCCGCCGGGACAGGGGGGAGAGCGGCGGAUGGUUGUGUGCUUUACAUAGUUUGAAAUGGACUCAGCACGCUGCUGUGUGCGGUCGGGUUGUUGGGAAUCAGCUCAGUGGAUGUAAGGGGAGAGCUUCUUGGAGUUGCGGUCGGCCGUUCUUCGCCUUUCCGUUUGCGAUGGAGUGAGAAAGACCGCGCGCACGGCAACUUUAGCCAUGAAAUCUGUGUUUUUCAGCCGUUUCUUCAUCCUGCUGCCCUGGGUCCUCAUCGUCAUCAUUAUGAUUGAUAUCGACAGUAAAAGGACGAUCCGGGCUCCAGCAGCCGGUCGGACCGGCAGGGCGCAGCGGGCCGUCCGAACCGGCGCACCGGGGAUUGGUGGCACUCAGAACCAGUCCGCCCUGCCGAUUAUCUACGCCAUCACUCCCACUUACAGCCGUCCUGUGCAGAAAGCGGAGCUCACCCGACUGUCCCACGCCUUCCGUCAGGUGCCCCGCUUCCACUGGAUCGUAGUGGAGGACUCGACUGCGCGCACGGAGCUGGUGGCGCGGUUCCUGGCCCGGUGCGGGGUGCCGUAUACCCACCUACAUGUGUUCACUCCCCGGAGGUUCAAGCGCGCCGGGAUGCCACGCGCCACCGAACAGAGGAAUGCGGCUCUGACUUGGCUCCGACAGCACCGGAGCAGGCGGGACUCCGGUGUGGUUUUCUUCGCAGAUGAUGACAACACGUACAGCCUGGAGCUGUUUGAGGAGAUGCGUAGUACUCGAGGUGUAUCCAUUUGGCCUGUGGGAUUUGUGGGUGGCAGAGCAUAUGAGCGCCCCCUGGUGUCUGGGGGUAAAGUUGUGGGCUGGUACACUGGCUGGAGGCCAGACCGACCUUUUGCCACCGACAUGGCAGGUUUUGCAGUGAAUCUCCAGGUGAUCCUGACGAACCCACGGGCGCAGUUCAAACGGCGAGGCUCCCAGCCGGGGAUGCAGGAAUCCGACUUCCUCAAGCAGAUCACCAAGGUCACCGACUUGGAGCCCAAGGCGAACAACUGCACACGGGUGCUGGUUUGGCACACUCGCACAGAGAAACCACAUCUCGCAAACGAGCCCAAACAUCGAAAGGACACCGUCGUCAUCGAGGUGUGAUCGGGGCUGCCCGUCAUCUCUUGGCUGAGACUACCAGCAGCACUCUGCUUUCCUCUGCCUUUCGGGUUAAUACAAUCUGCUGGUGAUGGACAGAGUCUCUGAGGAGCUGCAUGAUUCAAGACUCCUUGCUGUCUUUCAAACAUUGCUCUGUGAGAACUGGAAAGCACCAAAUACCUUUUACAAACUGGAACGACCUGGACUGUUCAUUUCCUCACAUCCACAGCCUGCUGAUGUAAAAAGUAAAUGUUACUAGAAAUGUAACAUAUCAUGUUGCUGAACUGAAAAGUGUGAGAUGCAUCAAAUCAUUGAUAUGUUGUUUUUAAUUAACAAUUCUGUGUCCUAAUUGAAACCAUGACCUUGUGAUAGAAUUGCUAAAGAAGAAAAGGCUUGUGUGCAGGAUGUUUGGUAGCUGCCUGUAUUGUAUGAUAGAGGCAUACUGUUAAAAUUUCCUAGUGUUAAAGGAAUGUUUAACAUUUUUGUAGGGAUGCACUGAUACCACCACCAGUAUUGUUUACCCGUUUGAUACUGUGUUCAUGUAGCUACUCCAAUAAUAGGAGUUGGCUCUCCCACUAGUUUGUGAAGUCCUGUUCCCAAAACUUUGAGUUCGGUGUUAUGACUGUCAUCAGCUUUUUGAAACCAGACAUCACGAGCACAGCUGUGAAACUUAAGGACACUACAUGUUUAUAGGGUAGCUGCUUUUCAGUCACAAAGUAAGCCCACCCUAAAGCAUAUUCUACUUUAUUGUUCUUCUGGACACUUAUUGGGACUAAAAUUUGCAAAAUAAGAAUUGUGUUGUGUUCAUUAGGAUUUAAAAUGUGUGAUUGAGGUCAUAAACUCAUCAAGAACGUGGCUGCUGACUAAGGCCUUUCUAGGCUGCCACAGGGUGAGACGAAGUGGACACCCUUGGUAGUCUGUUGAAGGCUCAAUUAAAAACAGCAACAGAGGCAGCAAGACAACAUUCCCAGUCACUGCCCAAAGUCUGCAAAUCCAAAUGAUAUUAGAUGACCUUAAAAGGAACAUCAGCAGCCAGUUUCAGAACAUUUAGCCUUAGUUUCACCACUUCAUAAGGCCACUUCCAGACAUUCUUCUGUUUAACUGCAGUGGACUAAAGACAGUUUAACAUCAGUGGGUGUGAUUAACAGUAGUUUGAUGAUACGGAGCCAUCUGAGCAUUCAUGUUACAGGAAACAUUUAUUUGAAUUCUGUAAUUCAGUAUCUCUGUUCUUGGUAUUGGGAAGUACCGCAAUGUAAGUUUGAUUAAAAAAAAAAAAAAAGGUAUUUCUGGAUCCCUACAUUUUUGGAAACAUGAUUGUUUACUGGUACCAGUUUCACCACCGUGCUGAAAACUGGUAUCAGAAGGCUUUUAACAUAAAAUUAGCUUAGCGUAAACAGGAAGGUAAAAUAGAAUUAUUUAAAAAAAUAAACCCAGUAAUGACUCUAAACACCUCCACACAUCCUGUGUUAAAUUUUUGCUCAUUGUUAGCUAAACAGAGCAGAACCGGCUAUCCUGAUCCUUUAAGGAAUCUCACUAAUAUCUUGCUAGCGUUCUAACAAGAUUACAGUCUUUGCUAUAAAAUGCAACAUAACCCACUACAAUUUAAUUUUUAAAAAAUUCUAGAUAUAAUGUAGCAACUAGCUUCAAAUGUGUUUGUAGAGGCAUCUUUGAACUUUAAUUAGGGUCAGGCAAUUAGCUUUCUUUCUCUGGUAGUUUUUAUGCUAAGCUAGGCUCCAACUCUGUAAUUAAUAAAACAUUUUUUCUCACCUCACUCGUGGAAACUGAAGAAAGUGUAUUUCCUAAAUUGCUGGAACAUUACUAUUCAAAGUUUUAGCUCAGAUUUCACAAUAAUGUCUUCAGUUCGACUGCUGGCUGUGAAAUGCCAAUCAGAUCCUGUCAGGAACAGCCGCCUCUGGUCUUCUUUGUUUAAAUUAAAUCACAUGAAUGUCUCAAAGUUAA